AUGGAUUCCGAUGGAUUUCGCUGUGUAGGGAUUUGCACAAAAAAUUAUCAAAAAUUGGAAGUCCUGAAGAUCGCGUUGACAGCUGCAUGGGACAAUCUAGACGCCAACUACCCCCGUGCCGUCGUCGACUCACACCCGAAGGGACUUCGGCCGUUAUUAAAUCAAAAGGAGGGAUAUUUGAAAACUGCUAAUGAUAUGUUUUUGUGA